AUGUGCGAUAGUCCGUUGAGCAAAAGACAGAAGAGAAAGACUGCCGAGGAACCAGAAUUAUCUCUUAAUCAUGGUAAUAGCGAACAAGAAUCCAAGGCAGAAAAUCAGAAUGAUCGCACCGAGAAAACACCAGAUCCAGAUUCACUUUCGCUAGAAUCAUCAUAUGCUAAAUCCCAUACUCCCAGAAAACUUGUUUUGAGUUCUGGUGAAAACCGAUACGCCUUUUCCCAACCCACGAACUCAGCAACUUCUUCACUACAUGUACCGAACUUGCAACCACCGGAAACAUCUUCUAGGGGCCGUGACUAUAAGGCUUACUCCCAAUCGCCACCUAGGUCUCCGGGGAGGUCCCCGACUAGGAGGUUAGAAUUGCUUCAACUAUCACCAGUGAAGAAUAGUAGGAUUGAAUUGCAAAAACUAUAUGAUAGUCACCAACCAUCGAGUGAACAACAAGGCAGGCUGUUUAUUGACAAGCUCGUUCUCGAUAAUUUCAAAUCUUAUGCUGGUAAGCAAGUAGUGGGGCCCUUUCAUACAAGCUUCUCAGCCGUAGUGGGCCCCAACGGUUCUGGUAAAUCAAAUGUCAUCGACUCGAUGCUAUUUGUAUUUGGGUUUAGAGCAAACAAGAUGAGACAGGAUAGGCUAUCCGACUUGAUUCAUAAAUCUGAAGCUUUUCCGAAUUUACAAUCAUGUUCUGUAGCAGUGCAUUUUGAGUACGUCAUUGAUGAACCUUCAGGAACCUCUAGAAUAGAUAAAGAAAAGCCCGGAUUAGUUAUUACAAGAAAGGCAUUUAAAAACAACUCCUCAAAGUAUUACAUAAAUGGAAAAGAAAGCAGUUAUACGGAAGUGACAAAGCUUUUGAAAAAUGAAGGUAUCGACUUAGAUCAUAAAAGGUUCUUAAUCCUACAAGGUGAGGUUGAAAACAUUGCUCAAAUGAAGUCAAAAGCGGAAAAGGAGAGCGAUGAUGGAUUACUAGAAUAUUUAGAGGACAUUAUUGGAACGGCCAACUAUAAACCGUUAAUCGAGGAGCGACUGAGCCAAAUCGAAACAUUAAACGAAAUAUGCCUCGAAAAGGAAAACAGAUUUGAAAUCGUCAAUCGAGAAAAAAAUUCAUUGGAAUCAGGAAAGGAAACUGCAUUGGAAUUUUUGGAAAAGGAGAAGCAAUUAACGCUUUUGAAAUCAAAAUUGUUUCAAUUUAAAUUAUUGCAAAGUAACUCUAAAUUAGUUAAUACUUUAGAGAAAGCUUCCUCUUUGAAUAAAGAUUUUGAAUCCGAAAAGAUAAAAUUUCAGGAAUCCUUGAAAAAGGUUAAUGAAGUUGAAAGUCAACGUAAAGAAAUCAAAGAUCGAAUAUCAUCUUGCGCUUCUCAAGAAAAGACGCUGGCUCUGGAAAAGAGAGAACUAGAAAGCACCAGAGUUUCUUUAGAAGAAAGAACAAAGAAUCUGGUUAACAAAAUGGGGAAAGCAGAAAAGAUUUUGAAGUCGACCAACCAAUCAAUAUCUGAAGCUGAACAUCUUCUCGAAGAACUUCAUGGGGAGCAGAAUGAACACGAAACAGAGGUUAAAGAUUUGAACCAAUCGCUGGAAGAGGAACGUCGAAUACUCGAUAAUAUCAAAUUAUCUUUAAAGGAUAAAACUAAGGACAUUUCUGCAGAAAUUAUUCAACAUGAAAAGGAUUUAGAACCUUGGGAUCUCCAACUUCAAGAGAAGAAAUCGCAAAUACAAUUAGCAGAAUCGGAACUAUCUCUAUUAGAAGAAACUCAAGUCAAGCUGAAAAAAAAUGUUGAAUCUUUGGAAGAGAAUAUUUCCGCAAAGAAAGCACGCAAGCAAGGGCUACAAGGGUUUAUUCUCGAUCUAAAAAAGAACCUAAAGUCACUCAUAGAUGGAAGAUCGCAAGGUGAAAAAGAUUUUAAUACUGCCAAUUUAAAGUUAAAAGAGAUGCAAACGAUUUUGAACGCCCAUCGUCAACGUGCCAUGGAAGCUCGCUCUUCCCUAUCAAAAGCUCAGAAUAAAAGUAAAGUUUUAACAGCUCUAUCAAGGUUACAAAAGUCCGGACGUAUCAGUGGGUUCCAUGGACGCCUGGGGGAUCUCGGUGUUAUAGACGACAGCUUUGAUGUAGCUAUUUCUACAGCCUGUCCAAGGUUGGAUGAUGUUGUUGUUGAUACUGUGGAAUGUGCUCAGCACUGUAUCGACUAUUUGAGAAAGAAUAAACUAGGUUAUGCGAGGUUUAUUUUAUUGGACAGACUACGCCAAUUUAAUUUGCAACCAGUUGAUACACCAGAAAAUGUACCAAGGCUGUUUGACCUAGUUAAACCCAAGGAUUCAAAAUUUUCAAACGCAUUUUAUAGUGUUCUUAGAGAUACUUUAGUUGCUCGGGACUUGAAACAGGCUAACAACGUUGCAUACGGGAAGAGGAGGUUCAGAGUGGUCACCAAAGAUGGUAAGUUAAUUGACAUUUCAGGUACAAUGAGCGGUGGUGGAAACCAUGUUGCGAAAGGUCUAAUGAGAAUAGGCAAGAACCAAUCAGACGGAAUGGAUGAUUACACGGCUGAAGAAGUGAACAAGAUUGAGCAAGAAUUGUCUGAAAGGGAGAAGAAUUUCCGUGUGGCUAACGAUACAGUUCACGAGAUGGAGCAAGAACUAAAAAGAGUGAGAGAUCAAGAACCGGAUAUAGAAUCGCAAAUAUCAAGGGCGGAAAUGGAAGCUGAUUCUUUGGCUAGCGAAUUGACACUAGCGGAACAACAGGUACAGGAAGCGAACAUGGCGUACGAUAAGUCAGUCAAUGACACAGCGCAAUUGAAUAAAAUCAUGAAAAAUUUGGAACACUUGAGAGGUGAAUAUGAUGACCUUCAAGCAGAAACUAAAACUAAAAAAGAAAGGAUUAAAACGUUGCAAGACCAAAUCAUGAAAAUUGGUGGUACCAACCUGCAAAUGCAGAAUUCAAAAGUAGAAUCACUUUGUCAAAGGAUAGAUAUUCUAGUUGCUAAACUUAAAAAAGUUAAGUCUGGAAUAAGGAAAUCUAUAGGAGAUAUCACCAAGUUUCAGAAACAGCUCAAAAAUGUUGAAAGAGAUAUAGAACUAUCAUCCAACGAGUUAAAGGUCAUCGAGGAAAAAUCAGAACAAAUUAAAGUGGAUUUAGUAAAAAAUGGUACAAACGUGACUGAGGUACUGAACCUAAAAAGUGACUUAGAAGAGCAAAGUGAACAAUUGAAGGAAAAGGUGACUGUAAUGGAGGAAAACAUUGAUGAAUUCAAAUCAUUGGAAAUGGAAAUGAAGAACAAGUUGGAAAAGUUGAAUUCUUUACUAACUUAUAUCAAAAGCGAAAUAAAACAGCAAGAGAAAGAAUUGAAUGAACUCUCAAUUAGAGACGUGACUCAUACGCUCCUAAUACUAGACAAUAACCAAAUGGACAUCCUCGAUGAAGCAGUUGAAGAUGGACAGAAAGCCGAUCAAGAAGACGACUCCAGUGAAGUUCAAGGUGAAAAUCCAAGAGAAGAGGGCGAUAAUGAUCAUCACUGUUCUAUGAAUAUUGACGAAACCUCCGAUGAGGUAUCAAGAGGAAUACCAAGGCUUUCUGAAGAUGAACUAAAAGAGUUGAAUAUAGAGCUUCUCGAAGGUGAUAUCGGAGAACUAACCUGUUAUCUUGAUGCCACUAAUGUAGAUAUUGGAAUUUUAGAAGAGUACGCUAGGCGUUUGGCCGAGUUCAAAAGAAGAAAGCUUGACUUAAAUCAAGCUGUUCAAAAAAGAGACGAAGUUAGAGAACAAUUAGAGAUACUCAAAAAGAAAAGAUUUGAUGAAUUUAUGACWGGCUUCAAUAUCAUUUCAAUGACCUUAAAAGAAAUGUACCAAAUGAUCACCAUGGGUGGGAAUGCUGAAUUGGAACUUGUAGAUAGUUUGGACCCUUUUUCGGAGGGUGUCACAUUCAGUGUCAUGCCGCCUAAAAAGAGUUGGAGGAAUAUUACAAAUCUUUCAGGUGGGGAAAAAACUUUGAGUUCCUUGGCUCUGGUGUUUGCUUUACAUAAGUACAAACCUACUCCCCUUUACGUAAUGGAUGAAAUUGAUGCUGCUUUAGAUUUUAGAAACGUCUCGAUUGUGGCUAACUAUAUCAAAGAAAGAACAAAAAAUGCACAGUUCAUUGUCAUAUCGUUAAGAAAUAACAUGUUCGAAUUAGCACAGCAGUUGGUUGGUAUUUAUAAAAGAGAUAAUAGGACAAAAAGUACCACGGUCAAAAACAUAGAUAUCUUAAAUAGAAAUUAG